CUGCUGAAAUGAAUUUAUACGAAGAAGCAGCUAAAUGUCUUUAUAAAAUUGCUUCAAGAAAAUGUGCAAAAUCUAUAGAAACACCAAUUGUUGUUAGUUUAUUUAGAGAUGCUCCAAUGCAACGAAUUUUGACGGCAGCUAAUUUAGCAGCAGCAGAUAGUUCUACAAGUUGUGAACAUUAUAAAUAUUUAAAGGCUCUACUAGAUCUCUUAUGUGCAUUGGGUAUUCAUUUAUCAGAAGUUUGGACUUAUGUAAUGAAACCUCCACCUAAUUUUUCACUUUAUAUUUCUGCUUUGUCUGCAUUUUUUGUUCAUCCUUCAAUUUAUAUUCGUGCUGAAACUGCUCAAGUUAUUGCAACAUUUUGUUCCAACGAAAAAAUCUCAACCAACGAAGACUUUUUAAAAUAUAUUCCUCAAUUGUUGAAAGUAUUGCCUAGAACAAUGAGCAAGACAUGUUCUCCAACAAUUGGACAAGAAGAUUUAACAUUUCAAUAUUCUCGAAUGGAUUAUGAAAAUAAAGAGGAUUUGCAAAGGGAAUAUUUAAGAAUACGUGAAUACUGCCUUCGAAUAAUCCGAGAAACAAUGCCAAAUCAUUUCGAUAAAUUAUUUGAUGUUGUAAAUGAUUGGGUAGUGAAUAGAUGUGUUGUGCAGCCUCAAGAAGUAACUCCAGAUGAAUGGGAAUUAAUGAAACGUUUUUUAACUGCAGUAAUAUCAGGUUCAUAUCAAAAUGAAUUGUUAACAACUAUAGAAGUUCGAAAAAAAUAUUUGCAAUUAUUUGAUGUUAUUUUCAAUUGUUGUUUAAAUAUUUUAAAUAAUUCGGGGACAACAGCACCAACAACUCUUCCAAAUUUUAUGAAUGGACUUUUAUCAACAUUGUCUUCAUUUUUCCAAAUUUUUGAAAAUUUUGGGGAACGAAUUUUAAAUGUAUUGGAUCUGCUAAAAUUAAUUUUGUUAAUUAAUAAUGAAAAUAAUUUAAAUGUUGAAAUUACUGCAACUAAAAGGCAUUGUAUAGCAUUGUUGUUAAAAAUUGUUUCUGUUUUUCCUGAACAAGUUAAGCCAUAUGCACGUAAUGUAUUCGAUUUAGUUGGUCAAGUAUCUAAUAAUGUUUCAAUGAUGCAAAGAUCCAAUUUAGUUCAUGUUUUGGCUUCAUUAAGCAAUUUAGCUUCGACUGUAGAAGAAAAAACUUUAUUUUUAAGAAAUGCUAUUUCAUAUGAUAUUAAUUAUAUUGAACAAGAAUCCUUCUCAACUUCAAUGGAAAAUUUUUUGAAUAAUACUGGAUUGAGUUUUGCACCUGAUUUGAAGGCUAUAGCUAGUCAAUCAUGUCCAUAUUACUUGAGUAGACUUAAUCUAAAAGCAAGUUUAACAGCAUUAGAGGGAGUACUAAAUCAAGUAGAAGUGCCAAAUAAUGAAUCAUCAUCAGCUAAUAUUUUUAAUUUAUUUUUUACUGUGUUGCCGAAAAUAUUUCAAUUUUGCAGAUGUUUAACUUCAAUUUAUAUGCCCGAAUAUUCUUCUAAAGUUCAUCCAAUUUAUGGUUUGAGUAUUUUGGAAAUGGUGCCGUCUGAAAGGCAAACACUUGUUUCCUCAAUAACCUUAGAACAAGAUAGUAAUGGAGCUGAUUCUAAAAAGUUUGAAGAAUUUGAAGUUGGACAAUUCUCUAAUGGAUAUGGAAAUCAAGAAAUUGCCAUGUUUAUGAGGAAAUUUAUUGUGGAGAUCUCAGAUUUAAUUCAAAGCAUUCUUGGUUUAUUCUUCUUCAAAUUUCCUUUAAAUAUUUACUCAAUAAAUAAUUCUACUGAAUUAAUUACUGGAACAUUAUAUGCAAUAGAUAAUGUACCAAAUUUUCGUUUGAGGUUUUGGUUACGGAGAGCAUGGUCCAGAAUAAUAACUUCUUGCCCUGAACAAUAUUCGAAUACAAUAAUUCCAUUGGUUACCCGUCUUUCCUUUCAUUUACAAAAAAGAUUGGUGGAACAAUGGUUAUUAAUUAAACAAACACAAACAACUGAUGAAUAUGAACCUACAGAAGAGGAAUUAAUUGCUGAAAGUACAAUGAGCUUAUUAACAAGAGAAUGUUCCUAUUUUAUUGUUCAUUUUAUUCUUGGCGAAACAUUUUCACUUAAAAGUGCUAGAAGAGAUAUUCCUUUACCAAUAACUUUAAUAUCUAGAAAAUUAAUGGAAAAUGAGACUGUUCGUUUAGCUAUAAUUGGUUUAUUAGCAAGAUUAAUUACAUGUCCAGAUUCUCAAGCUGUUGUAAAAUGUAUGCCUGCAGUUACAGUUAUUGUACAUGAAUAUUUUUCAACAUUUGAUGAACAAACAUCAAUAGAAUUACUUGUUUGUAGUAUUAAAAGUUUACAAAUGUUUUCAAAUGAUGAAUUAGCAACAGGCCCAUUAUUAGUUUUAAUUUAUGAUAUUUAUUCCUAUUUACGUCCAAAAUAUCCUUCAUUACUUGAAGUUAUUAAACAGGUCCCAACAUGUUUACCAGAAAAUAUUUCAACAUUUGAUACACGUAUAAUGUCAAUGGUACAACCUGAAGAUGCCAAAAAUUUUGAUAAAAUUAAAAAAGAUUUGGUUAGAAAAGUGUUGACAUCGACAAAAUCGCGACUUCACUACAGAAAAGCUUCAUCUGAAACUAAUGGAGGAGAUGAAUUAAAAGAAAUGGAAUGA